ACUGCCGCGGAGCUGUUGGCACACAGGCCGCGAAUCGGGUCUCGUUGCUGGGAGGAGACCAUUCAGACUCGCCUCCCUGCUAGCAUUAUUAACUUAGCUGGCUAUGAUGCGUCGCUGCUGCUGGUGUAUUUUCUAUACAGCAGGCCCCUGUAAAGCGAGCCAGGUCCUUGGUUAAGUGCUCAACCCGACGGAGCUGAAGGGUGACUUGGAAACACACCACACCUUUCAAGGAUGGAUGUUGAUUUGCGUGCUGGCGGGGACAGUACCAGGAGAAAAGUGGAUUUGACCGGGGUUGCAGAAGGCACAAUGGAUGUCGUACCACUGGAGAUGUACGACUCCGCCAGAGCAAAAAUAGCUGCCAACCUGCGGUGGCUGUUUGCCAAAGCGUACGGCAUCGACCAUAUUCCAGAGGACUUAAGGGACCCGUUCUACACAGACCAGUAUGACCAGGAACACAUCAAGCCGCCCGUCAUCCGCUUGCUGCUUUCCUGCGAGCUUUACUGUCGUGUCUGUGCCCUCAUCCUGAAGACGGAGCAGGCAGCGUCUCUUCAGUCCCACCUGUCCGUUAUCCAGGCUCUGUCCAGGAAGGGCAUAUAUGUUGUGGAAAGUGAUGAUACACCCGUCACAGAUGGGGACCUGGCCUGUAUGCCCAUCAAAAUGAGUGCUCACAUGCCUAUGAUCGAUGCCCUGAUGAUGGCCUACACAGUGGAGAUGAUCAGCAUCGAGAAAGUGGUGGCUUCUGUCAAGCGCUUCUCCACCUUCAGUGCCUCCAAGGAGCUGCCCUUUGACCUGGAGGACGCUAUGGUCUUCUGGAUCAACAAGGUGAACAUGAAGAUGAGGGAAAUUACAGAAAGGGAGCACAAAGUCAAGCACCACCCCCUGGAGUCCCCGAGCCACCAAAAGGUACGGUAUCGUCGGGAGCAUGCUUCAGGCCGACAGCUGCCCUUCUUCCCACUGCUGGAAGACCUAAUGAGGGAUGUUUGCGACGGAGCUGCACUGCUCACCGUGGUCCACUGCUACUGCCCAGACCUCAUGAAGCUGGAGGAUAUUUGCCUGAAGGAAGUACCAUCCAUUGCUGAUAGCCUGUACAACAUACAGCUACUCAGAGAGUUCGCCAACGAGUAUCUGAAUAAAAGCUUCUAUCUGACGACGGAGGACAUGCUCUACUCACCACUCGUGCUCAAGCACAAUGUGAUGGUGUUCAUUGCUGAACUCUUCUGGUGGUUUGAGACUGUCAAGCCAGACUUUGUCCAGCCUAGAGAUCUCCAAGAGUUCAAAGAUGCUCGAGCCAUAGCUCAGCCCAAGAGUGCCCGCCCAUCAGUGCCUAUCUCCAACGCCACCAAGCGCAGCUUCCUAGUCAGCCCUGGUGCGGCCGAUAACCAGAGCAGCCCAGAAGUCUGUAACAGGUACUUCCUGCACCCUGAAGACUCUGACCCCCUUAAAGGGGGACCAACCUUCAGCCCUUCCCACCCACUCCUUCCACUGCGACAGAGGCAACAAAAGCAGCAAGGAGAAGAUGGUGCAUGUCUUAGAAACCGCUCCAACUCCUUGACUCAGAUGGACGGACAGCCCCGUGGCUCUGUGGUCGCAUGGCCUGACAAGAGGCAGAGACCACUGUCCACACUGAGCCCAUACAUGUUCCAUUCAGCCACAGACAGUGAUGCAGACAUUGCUUCUGGUGACAGUGUGAGUCUGGCUCGCUCCAUAAGCAAGGACAGCCUGGCGUCCAAUGUCGUCACGCCCAAACACCAGACUUGUGCCCUCCAGCCGUCACAGGCUGCAAUGCGCAGGGUCAACGGCCACAGCCUCCUGGGAAAUGUCAACAUUGAGGAUGAGGAAGAAACUCUGGCGGCAGUUGCCAGGACUGAUGGCUCCGUCAUCCCUCAACAGGUUGACGGGACCCAAGCAACUGCCACAGCUGCACCCAAACCUUCCAAACCGGAAGCAGAUAGCUUUUACCUAGAACCACUGAUGCCUGCCAUGCUCAAAACGGCUAAAGAGAAGUCUGUAUGCCUAAACAAGGAGGAGGAGAGUGGUGAGGGCCCCCGCUCUUCAGGAAGGGGAUCUCUACGUCGAGGAGAUGGCUCGACAUCAGCCGUUCGUAGGAAAGCUCCCUGCAGCCUGAACCAAACCUUUACCCCUCCGGGUGAGGAGGAAGACUUGUCAGAGGAGCCUCCACAGGCUCAGGCAGGUUUUAAGCCCACUGUUACCAGCAGCAUGGACCCCUCGUCCAGAGAGCCAGCCGGGGGUUUUUACCUGCAUUCAGAUGCUGAAGAACCAAAGUCUGGCCAGGUCGUGGACGCUGAGCUGGAAGACCUGGAGGAAGAGGAAGAGGAUCUGGAUGAAGCUCUUACCACUAAAGAUCCCAAAUGGUCCAGUAAAGCCUUUAAUGAGGAAGAUGAAGAAGAAGAAGAAGAAUCAGCCAAACUACAAGAGGACAUGAAUGUGAAAGAGCAUGAGGACAAAGACCUGAACGGUGGCAGCGGUCGCUCCAGCCCCUGUCUCAGCGCUCACUCCCAGGCCAGCAGCAUGGCCAGUGGCAGUGUGCGCAUGACCUCCUUUGCAGAGCGCAAAGCCCAGCAGCAGCGCUUUGGCAGCAACCAUGACCUACGCUCCAGUGCCUCCAGCUCCCAAAGGACCACUCCAGAUGGGUCCGAGAGCAGCGGGCCCCUGGCGUCCUCCUGGAAGCUUAAAAGAGACCAGAGCCCCUCCUCACCCUUGGGAGGAUGCUCUCGUAUAGGCGACGGUAGUGGUGGUGCUAAUGUACUGGCUUCUGAAAUCGUCCAGCUCCGAAUGCAGCUGGAGGAGAAGCGACGUGCCAUUGAGCACCAGAAGAAGAAGAUGGAGGUGCUGUCGGCGAGGCAGAGGCAGAAGCUGGGAAAAGCAGCCUUCCUGCACAUUGUGAAGAAAGGGGGAGGCAAGAGUGACACAUUACCCAACCCUCUUAAAACUGAAAUCUCUAAAGACGAGCUCAGUGGGGAGAAAGUACCAUCAAGUAAAGAUGAUAUGUGUGUGGAUGCCCUGAGGGGGGACAAAGAGCUGGAGGGAACCACCCCACCAGGUGCCUUAGAUGCAGACAAGAAAGGGAACAGCGGAAGCUUCUAUCUAGACGAAGAGUUGGACCUGAAUGAGUGCAGCCGCUCCAUCGAGCUGUUGAACGACGCCAUCGGCAGCAUCCAGCAGCAGAUGAUGCAGCUGUCACUGCAGCAGGAGAUGCUGAUGAAACAGAAUGUGCAGUCCCCCCCUACUGCAGCUCCACCUCCUCCUGUCACCAGCGACAAAAACGGUGACCCUAAGGCAGGGGUGAGCUUUCAUUUUGUGGAGCACCUCUCUGGCGCUGGCACCGGCACCACCCCCACCAGGAAACCCCCCAAGCUGAGCUCAGGCCGGAGCUCCAGGUCGAAGCCGUCAGAGCUGAAGAUAGCCAAGGAACAGAGCCGACAGGCCUCUAGGACUCUCACCCCCACCCAGAGUGGGUCAGAGACAUUACCACACCCAAGGCAGUUUGCUGGGGGCAGGUCCCCCAGGGCCGAGCAGCCCGACAGUCCCAGAAACCCCACAGCGGGGGAGACAAUCGACAGGCCAGGCUCUGGCCACGUUCGGAGCGCCACCUUCCGGCUUCGUGACGAGGCGAACCUGCGCCUCCCUACCCGAGUGGACCUGACUGCGCUGCCUGCCCCAGAAGUGUCCUUUGACGAGUGCCUGACCAGCACCACGAGUGAGUCUGAGCUCAAUUCUUCAGAUGGUUCAGGGAAAGAGAACAUACCAUCAGAGGAGGUGCAGCGCAGCAAAGCCCACCUGAUUGAGGUCGAUCUGUCAGAGCUGAAAGACCCUGAGGAAGAGGCUUCUGUGGACAGAACAACAGAAGAAGGUGACGGAGAACAGAAAUCAGUCAUGGGUUUCUUCUUCAAGGACGAGCAGAAGGCCGAAGAUGAGCUUGCUAAGAAGAGAGCAGCAUUCUUGCUGAAGCAACAGAAGAAAGCUGAGGAGGCUCGACUCCGUAAACAACAACUAGAAGCAGAUUCCGAGCUCAAACGAGAUGAAGCCAGACGGAAGGCCGAGGAGGACCGCUUGCGUAAAGAAGAGGAGAAGACACGGCGGGAGCUGAUAAAGCAGGAGUAUCUGCGGAGGAAGCAGCAGGAGAUGUUAGAGGAACAAGGCCUCGUCAAGCCCAAAACCCCCAAACCGAAGCAGAAACACAGACCCAAGUCCGUCUUCAGAGAGGAAUCCUCCAGCGAUAAUUUCUCCAAGGGCUCUUCCACACCUGACAACCUGAGCAACGCCCAAUCAGGCUCCAGUCUGUCUCUGGCCUCUGCUGCGACCAACGAAGCCGACAGCGUCAACUCUGGAGGGGCUGGUUCCCAGCGCUGUGACUCUGUGGAGUCGUUUCCAGGCAGUCGUAACAACAGUCGGACUGCAGAAAGAGACUGGGACAACGGCUCCACUGCCUCUUCCAUCACUUCCAUGGCUGAAUAUACUGGACCCAAACUAUUCAAGGAGCCCAGCGCCAAGUCGAAUAAGCCAAUCAUCCACAAUGCAAUCUCCCACUGCUGCCUGGCUGGCAAAGUCAACGAGCCGCAGAAGAACCAGAUCCUAGAGGAGUUGGAGAAGUGCGAGUCCAACCACAUGAUGAUCCUGUUUCGCGAUGGCGGCUGCCAGUUCCGGGCGCUUUACACGUACUUCCCUGACACAGAGGAGAUACAGAAGCUGACGGGCACAGGACCUAAGAGCAUCAGCAAGAAGAUGAUCGACAAGCUGUACAAGUACAGCUCGGACCGAAAGCAGUUCACCGUCAUCCCUGCCAAGACUGUGUCGGUCAGUGUGGACGCCCUGACCAUCCACAACCACCUGUGGCAGGCCAAGAGAGGUGCUGUGCCAAAGAAAAGCGGAAAAUAGCGGGCCAGUUUUAAACCCUCUAUCAUCCAAAUCAUCGUAUCCCCAUCUUGCUUGUUUCCUGAAUAGACUGCAUUGACGCCCACAGCCAAGCUCACCGCCAUGCCUGGUCUGGAAACCUGCUCGGGAGAAUCCACCUGCAUUUACGGACACGUUGGUCGCCUGUAGGUGGACCACAGUUAAAAAAACGAGGGAAAAAGGGUGUGGGUGUGUGGAUGUGUGUGUCCGUGUGUGUCACAGGUGGUCUGAGGAACCGGUGCUUGCAACGUAAAGAGGAACGCCGGCUGAAUGAGCUUCUUCUACCUGUGAUCUCAGUGCGAUCUGUUCAGGUUUCUUUUGGUCCGGCUCGGUUUUUCUACGACGGCCACGACUCAAGCAUGUGGCGUCUUUUGUUUCUCCGUCUCUCUCAUAUGUGGUGGAUGUAUUUAUUUGUUAGGUCAGCACUGUCGUGGUCGAGAGCUCAGCUGCAGCACUACAGUCCUUCCUUCCGUCUGGAAACGCCUUUUCCUUUUGGACGAUUUCGGGCAACAGGACGGGGGACUUUCUGUCUCUCUUUUCAGAAACUCCGAAGCAAGGGACCUUUCUACAACCCUUAAAGACUUUGGACUUAUUCUCCUGUCCCAACAAAAGCAACAGUCUCUUCCUGCGUGGACUGUCGAAUCUGUCAAAUCAGGCUGGCAUUGCCGAUUUUGCCUCACCAGGGAAAAAACCUGCUGCUCUGAACUGUCUUCUUCUUUUGUCACGGGGGAGUUCCUCGGGUCUCCCUCAGACAUCCGUUGGCCUUUCACGCAUCGUGGUACUAUCGUCUAUUUAUUCAACCGCUUUUUAAACUAGACGCUGAUCGUGUAGCACUGGAUACGUGUAUAGCAAAUAAGAAAAAGGAAAAAAAAAAAGUCAAUGACGGUCAUUUUAAAUACUUUUAUUUGUCUAAACAUCCUUUUUCUCGAGGGUGAACGGUAGGUUUUGGUACAGAAAAUGACGCUCUGUUUUGUUUUUAGCUUUUUUUAAUGAUUAAAGCAACGUGGUAUAGAGUUUGAGCUGAUGUUAUGUGUUUUCAUCAUAACGGGAAUUCUCUGAUGUUUAGAGCUUAGUUGUGUUUUCUCUCCACUGGGCACUCUUGAAUUGUCCUGUAUAAAGGUGCACUCAUGAACACUUGUCGACGGCUUCUUUCAUGCAAUGUAACUCCCCCCUCCUCCCCCCCAAACUCCCCUCCCUGAGUGUGUUUGUCGGCCUGUCCCAUCUUUAACGCACGAGAGCGGCACACACACACACACACACACACACACGCACACUCUUGUGAAGAGUGUUUUUGUGCUGCUCUGUAACCAUUUCGAAUGACAGUAUUUGAUAUAUUCACAAAGGGGUUUCUGUGUGUGGGCGGGUGGGGGACUGUGGUUCAGUUAUGUACCAACAUUAAAGAACAUUCCUCCAAAGUGUUGACAAACACUGCCACGUCGUCUCUCUCUUCUCUCUGUCUUUUCAAAAAUCAUCAAAAGUGCUUUUCUAGAAACCGUUUGUUGGCCUCGAGAACAACCAGAAGUGUUGCACGAGCACUUUACUUUCUGUUUGUUGGGGAAUUUUACCUUCCGAAUGGGCAUAAAAAACUAAGAACUAAUUAAUGACACUGCUGUUGUAAAUUGUGGGAACUAAACCAAACACUAAGAUUUAAUACUGACAUGUAAAGCUGAAGGGCCUCCACUGAUAUGAUACUACUGCUGUCUCCAAAAACAACAAAAUACUUGAUAACUCAUUUGCUGCAUUUUGAAUUGUUUUUGGGGCGUUUGGGGCGGGGGAGGUGGCGGACCUUUAAAUUGUAUGUGAGUGUAUUUUUAUGUUAACUAAAAGAUUGUACUGGCAUUUGGUCACCAUUUUUGUUACACUAGUGUACUUUUCAUCCUUGUUGAUUUUAUCUUCGAUCCCAUGCCAUCUAUUUAUUUUGAAAAUGGAAGCACUGAAACUGAAUAAAUUUUCAAGUGAAUAAAA